CUGGAAAAGCAGAAAUCCGCACGAGAGCAAGGGUAUUGACAUGUUGAAGGGAGCGGGUGAAGAUCGCGGCGGAGGCUGCACUCCUAACACCGGCUCCCUGGCACAGUCGCUGCUGUUCGCCAGCUAAUUGUCGCCGGCGAGAUUGGAACCAACUUGCUGUCGGCGACCCCAAGUGCCAGGAGUUGCUGCGGAGUUUGAAGUGAGCAGGACCGCGGCUGGAAUGUGACGUUCUGGAAAUGACCUGUUUCCAAUUAGUAUCGAUACUGCAGGUUCCAGCUGCCCGAGCCGGGGCCGAAGGCACAGAGAUGCAACGCCUGUUUCUAGAUCAGCAAAGCGUUUCUCGCGGGGCAAAUAUUUUUUUAAUUUAAUAUUUUAAAUAUCUUUGUCCUGCAAAGGGAAACUUGGGGAGGCAGCCAACAUUUCGAAUUAUACAUAUUCUGAUUAAUCGUAUCUUUAAAGUGCAUUGAAUUGUGAGGGGCUUUUGAAGGUUUUCGUCUUUGAUUUGAGGAAUAACAAAGUUAUUGAUUGGAUUGAAGAAAGGAUUUUGGAAACAAUUCCAAGUUGUGUCGUGGGCCUGAGUGAAUUGUUAACAUUUUAUGGAUCAGGUCGGAUCUGUAAAUGUCAGUGAAAGGUACGCUGCUUGCUUUGGGACUAGAAAGUCGGAUUGUCCUGCUUCGUUUUUUAAACGUCAGAAUUUAUGUUGCAUCCCCGUGACUCCACUAUUCGAACUUGUACAGAGGAGAUAAUCAGUCUGUCUGCGAGGGAGAUCUGACUUCAGCGAGUUUGGACUUUAAAGGUGAAUUACGAGACUGACGGGAUAAUGUAGCGAAGGCUGGCGGCGAUGGUGACACGCUGUGAGCACCCAACACCAAGCGGCUUGUGACCGGCUGCAUGCAGCAUAUUGCUGCCGGGGGCUUCUGACUUUCCUUUUUCCCCGAUAAAAAUGCAGUGCGGCAGAGGUCAGCGACGUCUGGUUUAGUGGGGGAUGUAAGAUAGGCGAGAGAAGUCUCGCCUAUUCCCCGAUCCCCCCCCCCCCCCACUUCCCCUCUCCCUACAUCCAUGCUUCAAGAUGGAUGAAUCUUCGUUGCUAGACCUGCUGGAGUGUUCUGUGUGCUUGGAGAGGUUGGACACCACGGCCAAAGUGCUGCCCUGCCAACACACCUUCUGCAAGCGUUGCCUGGAGAAGAUCGUGAGCUCCAGGAACGAGCUGCGGUGCCCGGAGUGCAGGAUCCUGGUGGACUGCGGCGUGGACGAGCUGCCCGCCAACAUACUGCUGGUGAGGUUACUGGAUGGGAUUAAACAGAGACCGAGGAAUGGAAGGUCAGCCCUGACCCCUGGCCCAGGGUCAUUUGCCUCGGGGAGUGCUGCAUGCUCAGUCUCCUCCUCUCUGGGGACAAUGCUGAAGGAUCACUCCGCGACCGCUAAUUGCAGUUCUCCGGGAAAGACGAAAACGGUGCUUAACUGUGGAGCAACAUUACAACAGAGUAUUCCACAGUUACCCUGUGCAAAGGCACUCUAUAACUACGAAGGGAAGGAGCCUGGCGAUUUAAGGUUCUGCAAAGGCGAUGUCAUCAUUCUACGACGUAAGGUGGAUGAGAACUGGUAUCACGGCGAGCUGAAUGGGACCCACGGCUUCUUCCCAGCUAGUUAUAUUCAGUGUAUCAAGCCACUUCCACAGCCACCUCCUCAGGGCAAAGCACUUUAUGACUUUGAAGUAAAAGAUAAAGAACAAGAUAAAGAUUGUUUGACUUUCUGCAAGGAUGAAAUUCUGACUGUCAUAAGGAGAAUUGAUGACAACUGGGCUGAAGGAAUGCUGGGUGAUAAGAUAGGAAUAUUUCCUCUUCUGUACGUUGAGCUUAAUUCCACUGCAAAACAACUGAUUGAGAUGGAUAAAAAGUGUCUGCCAGUUGCACAGAACAGUAACGUCGCUCCAGCUGCCGCUACCAGUGCAAGUGCCAGCCCGGCAUCGAGCUCUCCCUUGAACAGUGCUGGCACUGCCUGCGCUGUUCACAGGCGUAUCGACGGCAAGAAAAAUGCCAAGAAACGGCACUCCUUCACUUCGUUCAGCAUGUCACACAAGUCUUCCCAAGCUGUCAACAACAGGCACUCCAUGGAAAUCAGUGCGCCAGUCCUCAUCAGUUCCAGUGAUCCCAGAGCUGUUGCCAAGAUUGGAGAAGUUCCACCUUUGUCAUCAAGCGCUCCGACCCAGGCUUCGUCUCUUACCGCUAAUGCAGUUGGUGCUGCCAUGGGACCAAGACUGGGAGCUGCCGCGGGGGAACAAGGAACAGCAGCAAAGACCCAAUUACCACUCAAUGUAUACAUGGCCAUGUAUGGCUAUAAGCCGCAAAAAGCAGAUGAGAUGGAGCUGCGGAAAGGGGAGAUGUAUCGUGUUAUUGAGAAAUGCCAAGAUGGAUGGUUCAAAGGCACUUCACUGAGGACAGGAAUGUCUGGUGUCUUUCCAGGGAACUACGUAACUCCUGUGUCCAGGGCUCCCUUUGCAGCAACUCAGUCAAGAAACACAGUGCCAGGAGGCACUGCACAAACCAUGAAAGGAAGCUCUUCAUCAGGCAGCCCGGCAGUAACCUGUCUUGUGAAUAACGGAGUGAGGCCUGCUCCCCCUGUCGCCAGCCCCCCUGUACAGCCACAGCUUCAUGCAUCCAGUCCGCAGCUCAACUGUUUGCGAUACUCAGGACAGCAAACUGUCAACCAAGCUCGCAGUGCCAUGCAGAUGGUCCAUCCUGCUGUUCAAGCACUUGACCGUCCAACAGCAACUGUACCACCACUUAGAACACAGAGUCCUCCCACCCGAGUCCCUGCCACCAUGGUGAGACCGCAGCCUGUGACCUCUCCGCAACACGUUCAUCAAACCUCUGGAUCUCCUGGCACCAGACCAACUAUUUCACUCACCUCUGCAGCUGCAGCAAUCACUCCACCAAAUGUCAGUGCAGCCAACCUGAAUGGCGAUGCAAUGGGCGGGCCAGCAAGUUCCUUGGCGACUUCCAGUCCAUUGAACUCUGCUCCUACACUAUCCAAGCUGGAAGAGCGGAAAAGUGAAAGGAAAGAGAAGAAAAGUGGACUCUUAAAGCUUCUGUCAGGAGCCUCAGGAAAGAAGAAGCCUCGCUCACCUCCGUCAAUGUCUCCAACUCACGACCCGCCACAAGCAGCAGCAGAGAACGCCAUGCAGGGAGCCGUGGGCCCUGAUGUUAGUUCAGUCUCUAGCCAUGGCAGGGCUGGAUCUUGUCCUUUAGAAAGCGAAAUGCAAGGGGCUAUGGGAAUGGAGCCACUGCACAGGAAAACUGGCUCACUGGAUUCCAACUUCUCCAUUUCUCCACCCACAAGGCAGCUGUGCUCCUCCAUGGUUGCAAUCCGUCCAGAGCUGAAGCCACUUUCUUGUGAAAGGUAUCGUGUACUUGUUCCUUAUCCCCCUCAGAGUGAAGCUGAAAUAGAACUGAAAGAAGGUGAUGUAGUGUUUGUUCACAAGAAACGGGAAGAUGGAUGGUUCAAAGGCACAUUACAGCGAAAUGGAAAAACUGGCUUAUUCCCAGGAAGUUUUGUGGAAAACUUCUAAUUAGUCUUGCUUAUCCAGAGCUGCUGUUUUACUAUUGAUCAUAAUGACUGAUUGACAUUAAACACAAGUAAAUAAACUAUUAAGCACAAAAUCACAGGAAUCAAGAUUUCACUGCCAUGUCACUUCCAAAGAUACUAAAAGUCCUAUCUAUAAUAAUGGCUUUUCAUUUAUGAAACUGUUGUAUAAACAUGUACAUACUUACGUAUGUUGAAUCAGUGCCUUCCCCAUGAAGUCACAAACUGAAACACAAGUACAUUUACAUUUAAACUAGACUGAAGUACAUUUAUUCUUUACUGUGUAAAUUAUAAAUUUGGACUUUUUUAAAAAAAAUAGAAUUUUUAUAUAUCAUAACUUAUUUGGUAAGAUUAGCACAAAUAAUGAAUGAUUGUAUGUGAGGUGCUUUCUCUGACUGGUAAUUCUGACUUUUCUUCUUGCAGUAUAAUAAUUAGCAAUCAGGAAAUAAUUGGAACUGUCAACCAUCAAGAGAUAAAAAUUAUUUACUGCUAGCCAACUAAUUUGUUGCUUGUUGUUCAAUUAUAUUAGUCAGAUAACUUUGUCUAGUCCACAAAUUACAUCAGUUAAAUUUAAAGAUGUAGCAAUUAGUAAGACCACAUUAAUGAGCUGAAAACUAUUUCACCCUAUCAACUGGUUGGAUUACAAGAAAGAUGCCAAUUUAUAGGCGAGUUCACAAGAGAGAAAAGAUGUUACUAGUCUAUUGUCAAUAAACUUAAGAAAAUUUGGGAAUUUUUUUCCCCCUCAAAUUGCAACAAUAUUAGAGAAAUUACUGUCAUAAUGGGCUGGGGGACUGCAAUCACAUUCUGUAUGAAUAAUUAUUCAGUAAAACUCAGAUUACCUGGCAUCCAGUUUGAAAAUCUCAAUGGUUCAGCAUCUAGAUCGCUCUUUAAUCUAUAGUGUGUGGUCAAGCUGGGGUCUGGCGUGUUGGUCAGUUGUUUUGACAAGUUAAAACUCAGUGUUCUAUGUCCUGCUCCCUUUAAUCUCAACAGAUUUUCUGAAAGCUGCAAAAAUGAAACAAAACUAUGUUAGGAUAACAAUCCAUAGUCUAGAAAAUCUGCUGUUCAUUAUGACCAAAAUCUUAAAAAAGUGCUGGAAUAUCUGUGUUUUACUGUAAUAGAAAACAAAAUGCUAGGUUGUUUGCUCGUAAACCACUCAAAUCGGGCUCAUGCUUUCAGUACUUUGUCAUGUGUAAUGAUUAGGGUCUCUUUGUAUUUCUUUUUUGUCUUCACUUUUCCAAGCACAUGUCUCUGUGCUAAUCAAAUGAUCUGGAACCUGUCUGCAAAAAUUCCUGCUUUGAAGGUUGAAUGUGCAGCUUGCUGGUCUCCAGCUAUGAACCAGAGGAAACUGAUUCCUUCACCCUGUGGUUCUCCCCCACUUUAUAGAAGUUUGACUUCAUGACAUAAAGGUGUAUUUGUUCUUUGAUGCAUAAUAUGGCAAUAGCAUGUUGAGCAAGCCUACCCAAAACUAGAUGGAGCAACUUUGCAGAUGUUCCAGCAGAAUGCUGGUUAGCAGAGCACCCCCUCAAUAGUACACAUAUAUUAAAAAUUUACAUAUGUUAUAUAUAUAUAUAUAUAUGUAUGGUAUAGGUGAGCACCAUCCACCUAUACCAGAUGUAUAUAAAAAAAAAUGUAAUUUAAUAGUCAAGUACACAGUCAUUUAUCCCAAAAAGAACUGAUAUGUUUAAAAUUGCAUUCAGGUCCCCAUUUGCUUUUAAAUUAAACAGAGUGCAACUUCAUGAUCCUUUGUUUUGCUUUUUGAAUUAUAUAGUCCAAGUAGCAGGUGACUAUUAUUUUUAUAUCAUAUCUGCAAUCUUUUAUAAAUUGGCAUAUUUAUUCGAGGAAGGUACAGUCAACAUCGAUCCUUAAAUAUAGACUUACCCAAGUGUUUGUAACUAAGUAUGCAUUUGAAGACUUGCAUCUCAUUCCACAAAGCAAAUCAUUUUUGGGGUUGUAAACACACAAAGUUUUAACCAAUCUGCACUGAUUUCUGUAUAUGACAUGUCUAAAGAAUAGUGUACAAUAAGAGUCAGGAUUCCAUGUUAUGGAUAUUUGGAUAUUCCAGAAGCUGCAGUUAAUGUUUUUUUUAAACAUACGAGAAAAACUGGUGACAGUUAUGCAGUCUGAUUACUGCAAAGCCCACGCCAUGGCCUCAUGGCCCAGAAUAUCACAAUAUCUUUACCAAUUGUGGAGACAAAAAAAAAACUUGCUUCUUUCAUAGUUACACCCCGGUGAUUGUUCUUGGAACCUCGACGAACUGGGCAGUGGAUGAUCUGAAAUUUGCAUUAAAUGAAACAGUCUGUGCUUUGUAAUACAAUUUCUAGAAAAUUCUGAUUCUUUAAACAUGACAAUUUGAAGAUGGGUUGGGGUGUAUUGUAAACAGAAAAUAUAUAACACCUAGCUUGCCAAAAAUCACCGUCAGUUCCUGCACUUUGUAUUUAGUCCAGCAAGAUGAGCUCUAUCAUCACAAUUUUUUACUCAUUCACUGAAUGUAUGGUUUCAAUUAGGAUCGAUUUACAUUUGGCUCAUCAGUAAAGAAUAAGCAUGUUCUGAGCUUACAAGAACUGAUGUAGGAGCCUAAUUGAGAAAGUAAUUCCAGUCUGCUAAGUAACAAACUUGUUCAUGAUCGAACAGCCAACUAUAUAUAAUAGCUAUAUUGGAUUUCGUGCCCCUGUGCUGGCAAGUUAAUUUUUUUUUCAAUGAUUGAUUUUAUUCCUUUACCAAAAUGAUUCAGAAUUGUACCCAUGUCUUGCACAAGCAACAAAAUUAAUACUUGUUAUCAAUUUAAACAUCAAAGUCCACAUAAUUAAGAAUGGCUUAUAAAUAGUUGGAGAUAAAGAUUAAAUUAAAUACAAUCCUACUCACUUUUAACAAACAUCAAUCUUCUGGAAGAAUGACUUGAUAAACUAGUGUCAUUUAUUUGUAAGCCUGGAAAAAAUAAUUGGAUUGAAACAUAAUAUCACAGACCUCAGCAUAAUGGAACUGGUAGAGCAUUUUCUCUGCCUAAGCACAUUUUCUUAAUUUUAUUUUGUUAGGACAGUAUCCUUUUAAGUAGGUUUUUGAAUUUGCAUUAUACAUGCAAGGAGGGGUACAAUUAAUGUGAAAAUACACUGCCAUUGCUGAGCCAGGCCAACAUCUUCACUGCUGCAUGUAAUUCGCUUUAUAAAGAUAAAUCUCAGUUGUAGUUAGGCAUAAUGAGGAACAACAGCAAUUUGAUAUUGUUUUCUCUGUAAAUAUAGUGCUAUUGUCAUUGAGUUUCAAAUCCUGUGAAAUGUUUUUGUAAAAUUACAAUUGUUCAAAUAGGAAUACGACAACACUAUUUUAUAUCACAUCCAGUCUUUUUACAACAUACCUCAGAGUAGAAGUAGUUACUCAUUCUGAUAUUAACCCAUGAGCAAGCACUGCAUAGAUGGAAAUAAACAACUGUUCUCCAGCGAAUAUUAGUUCCUUGCAUUGGGUGCUCAAAUUAUCUAUAAAAAAAAUCUAAUCUUUUAAUUUCCUCUCAAAAUUCCAAAAGUUAAUAGAAACAGAGUGGAGUGAUAUUUUGUUGUAAUGUUCCUUGACGUGUCUUGUUAUCCUAACCAUCUUUGUGAAUUGCUUCCUCUUAAACAUGCAAAGAUUUCUUUCUGCAGUCAUUCAUUACACCAUGCAAUGUAUAUAUUGAGUGUAACUGGAGGAAGUGUCAACAGUUUAAAGUCAUUUCAUUUACUGAUUCAUUUGAAGGAAUGAAAGAACUUGUGACUUAAAAUUAAAUGAAAAUAUGAUUUUUUUUCAUUUAUCUUCAAAACCAGUGCCACUUUGCAAAUCAAAGCUUUCAGCUCUUUAAACUCAUGAUACAAUCCUUUCAAAAUUAGUUGGGAGAGGAACUUGUGUCGUUUUAGCUUUAGAUCAUUCUUGAUUACAUGGCACUUGCAGUGACGUCUUUUAAGAAUUUGGAUUGAAGGAGAUACUGAGCUGAAUUAUCAUCAGCAAAACUAUGUGCUCAAUAUCCUUCAAUCAUUCAAAGACCACAUCAUUUUAGUUAAACUGCUUCAAAUAGUUAAGCAAUGUAAUUAUAAGAACACCCCCUAACAAAGAUCAUAGUUAUUUUCUUCUCACAAUAAACUGAAAUUAAUCUAGAAAGAAAACAUUUUAACUGAUAAAAAUUCUUUAAGAAUAUUUAAGGGCUAUUGCUAUCUAUAACAAAAGAUAUAAAUUAACUGCUAAAUUGGUAAAUACACUUAGUAUUAAAAUAGCUUCCUCUGGUGAUCUUGGAGCAUAUUUUCUAAAGGAAGUAUGAGCCUUGCCUACAAGGGCAAAUGCAUAUGGGACGUCAGUCCUUUGUAUGCUGAUAAAUAUCUUACAUGGAACUAUUUGGCAUGAUAAUUACACCAAAAGGGAACUUGUUCUGGUUCAAAUGUCAUUUGAGCAAAAACAAAAAAAAAAAAAUACCCUAACAAGAACCAAGCACUGAAAGUACAGUGCACUCAGUAAAUAUGCACUGAUUAUUCAACUCGGACUUUCCUCCUCACCAACCUGAUAUAUGCCUCUUUUGUGGACCAUACACAUUAAGUUCUUAUUUUGUUGAAUAUUCCAAGUUAAUUAAAAAAGUGAACAUGUAUUUUCAGAAAAUAUUUUGAGAAAAGUCUGAAAAAAUGUCUUAAGUUAUGACUUUUAAGUGGUUAUACUUCAUUUCCUAUUUAACAAGUACUUCCUAAUGGUUGCACUCUUAAUUGAUGGGAGAAAAAGACAUUUAUCCUUUUUUAUGAAAUUGCCUUUUUUUUGCACACAUACAUCUGUGAGAUUUUGUCAAACAGUAAUAAAAUGUUAAAUAUGGCUACAUCUUC